AUGGAAUACUAUUUCGGCAUCCCUGAUGGCCACACACCACCAGCAACACCACCACCUAGUAAUGGCUUCUCCAGCGGUAGCCUGUCAAAGCCUCGUCCUGCUCAACGUUUACGAUCCUCUUAUGUUGACCUACCAGUGGGAGACAAUAUCGACAAGAAAAGGCUCGAAUACAUCGGCAAAGUGACCAAGACCUUUCAACAGCUCACAUCAGAUCAAAAGCAUGUUUUUCUUUCUGAGCUUCUCAAUCAAUGUGAUAAUCAACUCCUUGCCUAUGUACAUGAUAUCAUUGAACCUAAGCUGAAGAUUGACUUUCUCAAAGAAUUACCAAUCGAGCUGUCGUUGCAUGUACUCUCUUUUAUUGAUAACCCCAAAGAUCUCGCUAAUGCUGUACGGGUAUCUCCUUUUUGGAAUUCACUGCUCAAGGAUGAAGCAACAUGGAAGUCGCUAUGUUUAAAGCACCGGUAUCGAAGACGAUCAUCCUUGAUAGAAGCGGGUUCGGCAAGGCGGCGGCAGCAAAUGCAUAACCACCAACAUCCACAAAAUCACGUGUCCUAUCGAGAUUACUUUUGGCGGCGAUACAACACCGAGAUGGCAUGGGCACAAGGUACCGGAAGGUUGAUCCGUUGCGAAAAUGACAUUGGACGUGCUCUUGUGACAUGCUUGCAAAUGGAUGAUUGCUAUACGGUGAUUGGUAGUGACAAUCACUUGAUUGAAGUCUUUAAUACCGAGACAGGUGAACAUGUGCGGACAUUACGAGGCCAUGAAGGAGGUGUAUGGGCACUGCAAUUUGCAAGGACUGGUAAUGAAAACAAGCGAAUCCUUGUGUCUGGUGGUUGUGAUAGAGUUGUGCUUGUUUGGGACCUUGAUUCAGGGCAGCUUAUUCAUUCGAUGCAUGGGCAUAUAUCAACAGUGCGGUGCUUGAAGAUCCAUGGUAGUAGUAAGCUUGCAGCAACAGGAUCACGCGAUGCUACCCUCCGGAUAUGGGAUAUCGAGCAUGGAGUUAUUCGGCAUGUGUGCACUGGCCACCAAGCGAGUGUACGAUGUCUUGAUGUUCACGGCGAUCUUGUAGCCACUGGAUCCUAUGAUGCUACAGCUCGACUAUGGGAUGUUAACACCGGCCAAUGUUUGCAUGUAUAUACGGGGCAUCAUUCACAAAUCUAUUCGAUCGCAUUUGACGGUGUUCGAAUUGUUACAGGAUCACUUGAUUGGAGUAUACGCGUUUGGUCACCAACAUUUGGCAAUUGUUUAGCAUUGUUAACAGGUCAUACUGCAUUGGUGGGUCAUCUUCAACUUACGACGCCGUAUGAAUCAUCACCACUGCUGGUCAGUGGUGGUUCUGAUGGGUGCUUACGUAUAUGGGAUCUCAAUCAUUAUGAAUGCCGUCAUCGAAUAUCAGCACAUGAUAAUUCAGUCUCAUGCCUUCAAGUGGACCAUAAAAGGGUGAUAAGCGGUGGCAGCGAUGGGCAAGUCAAGCUAUGGGAUCUCGAGAGUGGUAUGCUCAUACGAUUAUUCUCUGAGCCUGCACGCACUAUAUGGAAGCUUGGAUUCACUGAUAUCAACGCUGUGGUUGUGUUACAAAAGCCAGCUCGAUCAACACCUGCUAGGGACCCUGUUAUGGAUCAACCUGAACAUGUAGAAACAGUGAUAGAGCUUCACAAAUUCGAUAAUUAUCAUGACCCAUGA